GCCGUCAGCCCAGCUCCGUUCACCACAAUCCACAGUUCACGGAAGGUGCCCUCCCACCCCAGCGCCCCCGCCCUAACUUCCGCUUCCGGCUUCGGAAACAAUCACUUCCGGUUCGGCGCCGUCUCUUCGCGCGGUUUUGGUCGCGUCUGGCGCGAAAAUAAAUGAUAUGAAAGAAAUUGCAAGGUGAUUGCGGGAGAGAGCGUUACCAGUCAACAGAGACCCCUCACCUUGGAUACGUUUCUUAGGACAAAGGCCCGGGGGCGUUGGAGCCAAAAUGGGGCGCUCGUCGAAGGACAAGCGGGACAUCUAUUACCGCCUGGCGAAGGAAGAGGGCUGGCGGGCCCGCAGCGCCUUCAAACUCCUGCAGCUGGACGAGGAGUUCCAGCUGUUUGAGGGGGUGCGCCGGGCGGUGGAUCUCUGCGCUGCCCCGGGCAGCUGGAGCCAGGUUCUGAGCAGGAAGCUGAAGGGCGGUGCUGGGGAGGGCCCUGAGUCCGUGAAGAUCGUCGCAGUCGAUCUCCAGGCCAUGGCUCCGCUCCCGGGGGUCGUCCAGAUCCAGGGGGACAUCACCAAGGUCUCCACGGCACAGGAGAUCAUCCAGCACUUCGAAGGGCAGCCGGCCGACCUGGUGGUCUGCGAUGGGGCCCCCGACGUGACCGGCCUUCAUGAUAUCGACGAAUACAUCCAAGCGCAGCUGCUGCUAGCGGCUCUGAACAUCACGACCCACGUCCUGAAUAAAGGAGGCACCUUUGUAGCCAAGAUCUUCCGGGGAAAGGACGUGACGCUUCUCUACUCCCAGCUCCGCAUCUUCUUUCCCGACGUCACCUGCGCUAAACCCCGGAGCAGCCGAAACUCCAGCAUCGAGGCCUUCGUUGUCUGCCGGGGGUACUGCCCGCCCGAGGGCUACGUGCCCAAUAUGUCCAACCCCCUGCUGGACCAUUGCUACGAUGUGGAUUUUAACCAGCUGGAAGGUCCCAACCGAGUCAUUGUCCCGUUCUUGGCCUGUGGGGAUCUGAGCGCCUACGACUCAGACCAGACGUAUCCCCUCCAGCUGGCCCCAGGGAAGGAAUACAGCUAUGUGCCCCCCACCCAGCCCCCCAUCUGUCCCCCCUACCAGGAAGCCUGCUUCUUGAAGAGGAACAACCUACUGGCUAAGGAGCCUGGGCCAGCCCCAUUGGAGGAAGCUGACCCCGCCCCCACAUAUGGAUCAGCACCGGAACCUCAGGGCUGCCCCCCGGAGGCGGCUGUUGAAAAUGUCCUGGCGUCUCUGUCCGUGUCACCCUAGCGCAGGGGCGUGUGUGUGUGAGGGGGAUGAACCCUGCGCCACAUUUCUGAAAAUAGCAUUUUAAUUUAACCCUUUGUGGCCAGUCUUUGCAGGGGGCUCUGCCGUGCCCCCCUCUCCCCUGGCCUCUGUUUUAAUAAAGACUCACGGAGAUGAA